AAGACCCUGCUGCGCAUGGAGGAGCUGCGCGUGAAGCCCUCCCACGUGACCCUGGGCAUCUUGGUCAAGGCCUACGGCCACGCGGGCGACGCCACGAGGGUGGUCAACCUGUGGGACCGCAUGGUGGAGGAGCGCUCGCAGGCGAACGCCGUCACGUGCGGCUGCAUGAUAGACGCCUGCGUCAAGUGCGGCCGCCUCGAGAAGGCGCUGGAGAUUUUCAGGGGCAUGAAAGAGAGCAAGAAGCACCGCAACACGAUCUUGUACACCACUCUCAUCAAGGGCUGCGGGCUCAAGAAGGACCUCCGGCAGGCGCUCGCGCUGUUCCGCGAGAUGAGGACGGAGAGGAACUGUCAAUGGUUGCCGCUGGAGCGCCAGUAG